AUGUAUGACCAAUUCCAUGGCCAGCUCAACCAAGUGCUUACCGGAGCAGUUUUCCAGGAUCUCACUUCUGAGAAUGAGCUAGUGAAAUACAGAGCCCUGUGGGUCUAUGGACAAUGUUCUCGAGUUCCAAUGGAAGAUGACCACAGGCUUGAAGUUGGAAAGCUGCUUUUCCAGUUAAUGAAUGAUGAAAAUACUGCUGUUAAGAUCACAGCAUCCCCUAGUCUGUAUAAGAAUUUGAGGAACAACUCAAUGAGGGAGGCCUUUAAAUCUGAGUUGCCAAGCAUCCUAGAAGCAUAUCUCGGCCUGAUGGACACUAUCGACAAUGAAGAGCUUAUAGCAGGGUUAGAAGAAGUAGUCAGCCUUUACGGGGAUUGUAUUGGACCGUAUGCAAUCGAGCUCUGCUGGAAAAUAGUAGAGAAUUUUAAUUAAAAUCACCGGAAAGGAACAAGAGGAGGAAGAGCAUGGGACUAUGGGCAUGGCAACCAGCGAGCUUGUAGUCACCAUCAGAAGCUUCAUCAACAGCUGCAAGGGUGAUCCUGAGACACUUCUCCAACUUGAGCCUGGGAUCUUUCCUGUAGUAGUCAGAAGCCUUUCUGCAGAUGGGUGAGAGUGUUUGGACGAGGCAAUGGACUGCAUUACUGCCACUCUAAACUUCACCCAAUCGGUCACAGAAAGAAUGUGGACAUUGUUUCCUCAUCUCAUAAAAAUAAGUAAUUGUUGGGGUCCUGAAGAUGAAGAAGGGGGCUAUGCCUUUGAUUAUUUCACAUCAAUGGAGGAUUAUUUUAGAAGCUUAAUUAAGUACGGACGCGAUGGCAUGCUAACUAAAAAGAUUGGAACUGAUCCAGUAAUGAUAUUACUGAUAAAAGGUAUUAUAAAGAUUCUCCAACUAAUCAAAGAAAAAGAUGUCAAUAUCAACGCUUACAUCUGCAUUGUCAUAGUAGAAACUUUGUUACUUGAAUUUCCUGGAAAAUUGGACCAGCUCCUUCCGGCAUUCAUUAAGAUUCUAUGCACCGAGUUGAGCAACAAGGAGAUCACCAAAGAGUUUCGUCUCCAUACUCUGACUCUGGUGGCUCAUUGUUUCAUCUACAAUUGAACUCUAGCAUUGGGGGCCCUGGCUGAUCUAAAGGUUUUGGUCCCAGUUUGUCAGAACUUCUUCAGCUAUCUGUAAAAGUAGAGUGAAGUUG